UGCAUUGCAAAGAAUCCGAGCGGUAAUGUUUUCGUAAAAUUGCAUCAAACUCCAACAACCAGCUGUUGUUGCAACUCGAAAUCAAAAUCACAACACAAAGUGGCCGCAGCUUCCACGCUCCGAUCAGAUCCAUCACGCCGAUUUCUCUUUCCCUCCGGGACCCUCCCUGCCCUGCUCGGAUUGAUAUAUGCUUUCUUCUCCGCGUUCGCGAGCUUUGAAUCUGUGAACUUUUACCUCACUCCCGAUCCAGGUCAAACGUCAAGCGAUUCCAGAGAAUCGCAUUGCAUAUAUUAGUCACCAAAGACUGCCCUCUUUUAAUUCUGUUAAUCUGCUAGGAUAUGCUACAGAGUGUUGGCAAGUUAUCCACUACAGGGGUACGCGUUGAUGAUUUUUCGAAAUCCCUGUUGAGUAAAUAAGGGCUGUAUGUACUAGAUUGCAUUCUCUGUUAGAGUGGUCUGUGAAUGGGAGCCAGAAAGCUUAGCUGUUGAGUUUAUUGAUGGAGCAAAGAAUACAGCUACGCGGUGGUAGCACAGUGGAAGCUAUAUCUAAUCAGGGAGAUGUAGACAGAGAACAGGUUUUAGAGCCAUUUGAUAUAGAAAAUGAAACCAGGAAGGAGACAAACCACUCCAGCAGUUUUGAUGUUGGUUUCAGUUCCGGUGAUAACCUUGAAACGUUGCCUAAAGUGUCUAAAGAGGCUAUCUCUCCCGCUGACAUCCUAAAAACACUCUUUUUUAUACUUGUAUGGUACACUUUCAGCACAUUUUUGACUCUGUACAACAAAACUCUCUUGGGAGAUGAUUUGGGGAAAUUUCCUGCUCCCUUGUUAAUGAAUACCAUUCACUUUUCUAUCCAAGCUGUUUUAUCAAAGAUGAUAACAUGGUACUGGUCGGGAAGAUUUCAACCUGAUGUUACCAUAUCAUGGAGAGACUAUUUCGUUAGAGUUGUACCAACAGCACUUGGAACUGCAAUGGAUAUAAACCUAAGUAAUGAGUCACUUGUCUUCAUAUCGGUUACGUUUGCAACAAUGUGCAAAUCUGCAGCCCCAAUAUUUCUUCUUCUGUUCGCUUUUGCCUUCAGGCUGGAAUCUCCAAGCCUGAAACUUUUUGGCAUUAUUUCAGUUAUCUCAGCAGGAGUGUUGUUAACAGUUGCAAAGGAAACAGAAUUUGAGUUUUGGGGUUUCGUUUUUGUCAUGCUUGCUGCCGUCAUGUCUGGUUUCCGUUGGUGUAUGACUCAGGUUCUUUUGCAGAAAGAAACCUAUGGCCUGAAAAAUCCAUUCACAUUUAUGAGUUACGUGGCACCAGUGAUGGCUAUAGUGACUGGCCUUCUUUCUCUCCUUCUGGACCCAUGGAGUGAAUUUAGAGACAACAGAUACUUUGAUAGUGGAGCGCAUUUUGCUCGAACUUGUUUCUUGAUGCUUUUUGGUGGAGCACUGGCGUUUUUCAUGGUGUUAACAGAGUAUGUUCUGGUUUCCGUGACCAGUGCUGUAACCGUCACAAUAGCGGGCGUUGUUAAAGAGGCUGUCACCAUAGUGGUUGCAGUGUUUUACUUCCAUGACGAAUUUACGUGGCUGAAAGGUUUUGGUCUGAUGAUUAUUAUGGUUGGUGUCAGUUUGUUCAACUGGUACAAAUAUGAGAAACUGCAGAAGGGGCACAAAACAGAGGACGAGAAGCAGCUGCAAGCUCCAAGUCAAACUGGAAAAUAUGUGAUCCUUGAUGAAAUGGAUGAUCAAGAAAAUGGUCCCUAAGUAUUAUUUGCUGUUGCAUUCACAUUCUGUGGUAACUCUUUGAUAUUGUUGCAUCAUUAAUGUGGAAGCAUGUGGACCUUCCUUGAGAAUAUACUAUAUACACAUUUUAAGGCAGUAGUUGAAUUGGAAUGGAAAUUUGAUGUUU